CCGGUCCGCUAUCAGCCAGCAAGAAGCUGAGGAGUGACGAAGCUCUUUUGCGUCAGGCAAUUACCUACAGGCCACAUUGUUUUUCUGCAGCCAGGUCAACUUCUCCUCCCGUGCUUUAAAAUACUCGCGGCUUUCCUCGUUCAACUCAGUAGCUCCGACGACCUCUAUUUCCCAGAGCUCUCCUUUAUCCUCGUGCACUGGAGCUCUCGUCGACGUAACGCGCCUUGUUCCCCAGCUGAAACCACCCUGACAGCUCAAGAUGACGCUCUACUACACCUUGGUCUUCCUGCUUCUGGUAGCAGAGAUGGCCGUCUUCAUGCUUCUAAUUAUCCCUCUGCCCUUCACCAUCCGAAGGAGGAUGUUCACGUUCAUUUCCGAGAACCCGGUCAUAGCCAAACUACAAUACGGCCUGAAGAUUACCUUCAUCUUCAUCCUGAUUCUCUUCAUCGAUAGCGUUAACCGCGUCUACCGAGUUCAGAUCGAACUUGCGGCAGCUACCGAGGCCAGUGGCCAUAAUGGGGCUUCCAUCAUGGGCCACGAACGCCUCGAGGUCCAGGCUCGCAAGUUCUACUCGCAGCGCAACAUGUACCUCUGCGGCUUCACGCUCUUCCUGUCGCUGAUCCUGAACCGGACCUACAUCAUGAUCCUCGAGGUGCUCCGCCUCGAGGAGAAGGUGAAGCAGUACGAGGGCACCGACAAGGACACCAAGCAGAGCGAGAAGCUCGCCGCCGCCGGUGAGCCGGGCGAGAUCGCGCGCCUGAAGAAGGCGCUCGCCCAGAAGGACGAAGACCUCGAGACCCUCAAGAAGCAGGCCGCCGGCUUGCACAAGGAGUACGAUGCUCUCAGUGACAAGUACGCGGCCACGCAGAAGGAUGAUGCUACCAAGAAGGAGAGAUAAGCGUUUCCGAUGCACUCUCGUUACCUCUGGCAGUGUAGUGUGGUACCGUUUUUUGGCCCGCUCUAGCCCCAAGGCUACCGGUUCGGAUAGCGAACGAAUGAGUGGUUGGGUUGUGAUGGAAGAAAAGAGAGGAAUAAAGAAGAAAGCCGAGAGUUGAAGUGCAACGUCUCGCGGUUUUGUCGUUACAGGAUUUAUGGCGAACGGCAUCUCGGCAGGUAUGGAUGGGGAGGGUUUACAAAGCAUUUGUUGGGUGUCUUCGCGCCAUGAUUGUUAAAAAGCAUUAACAUUGCUGUGUGCUCUCUAUAAACCCUCUAUAAACCCGAAUUGCAAGUAUACCUAUGCUUCUAUUGUGAUGUAGUCCGCCGUACCCAGGGGAAGGGCGCCUCAGCACCGCCUUCCGUUUCCCAACGCCGACACACAUCGAUAAAUCCAAAACUUCAGCCCCUCACGGC